AUGCCUCUAUUUGGUAAAAAGGAUUUCGGGAGAAAAUCAAAAAAAGAUGGUCGGGAAUCUGAGAAGCAGCCAUCUAUCGAAGACAAAUACAUAGUAAAGGAUCUUUUAGGCACAGGUGCCUUUUCCGAGGUACGCUUAAUAGAGAGCAAAGAAAAUGGACAGAUGUUCGCUUGCAAAAUUAUAGAUAAAAAGGCUUUAAAAGGAAAGGAAGAUUCUUUGGAGAAUGAGAUAAGAGUUUUGAAACGAUUCAGUGAACAAUCGAAAAGUGAAGGCGGGGAGAAAAAGAUGUUUUCUCAUCCUAAUAUAGUCCAGCUGUUGGAGACAUACGAGGAUAAAAAUAAAGUAUACCUUGUUAUGGAGCUGGUAACUGGUGGCGAGUUGUUUGAUAGAAUUGUUGAAAAAGGGUCUUAUACCGAAAAAGAUGCAUCUAAUCUAAUUAGACAGGUAUUAGAAGCUGUUGAUUAUAUGCAUUCCCAAGGAGUGGUUCAUAGAGAUCUAAAACCUGAGAAUCUACUUUAUUAUAGUGCAGAUGAAGAAAGCAAAAUAAUGAUUAGUGAUUUUGGUCUCUCUAAAAUAGAGGAUUCAGGAAUAAUGGCUACAGCUUGUGGUACACCGGGUUAUGUUGCACCAGAAGUGCUAGCACAAAAACCAUAUGGUAAAGCUGUUGAUGUCUGGAGUAUAGGAGUAAUAUCCUACAUUUUACUUUGUGGAUACCCUCCAUUUUAUGAUGAAAAUGAUGCAAACUUAUUUGCUCAGAUUUUAAAGGGUGAUUUUGAAUUUGACUCUCCUUACUGGGAUGACAUUAGCGAAUCUGCGAAGGAUUUUAUACGACAUCUGAUGUGUGUAGAUGUUGAGAAAAGAUACACCUGCAAGCAAGCCUUGGCACAUCCUUGGAUCUCGGGUAAUGCUGCUAGUAAUAAGAACAUUCAUGGUACAGUUUCUGAACAACUCAAGAAGAACUUUGCCAAAUCACGUUGGAAACAGGCAUAUCAUGCCACUACAGUCAUCCGUCAAAUGCAGAAAAUGAUCCUUAGUAGCAGCAGCUCAAGCCGUAAUUCCAAUGCGCAGCCCAAACAA